AUGUCUGAUAUUUCCAAUGAGAUAGGCUCUUUGACCCUUCCUGUAUGGAAUCACCCAACCGGCAUUGCUGGUGGACCGGUUCCUCAAGUCACAGCCUGUGCCAAUUCCGGAAACAUUGCAGUCACCUAUAAUGAAGGGCCCAGUGACGUUACGGCCAAGGUCCUUAACGGUCUUAAAAACAGCCAGGCCAAGGCUAACUUCUUCGUCAACGCCACUUGGUUAUAUACUCAACAAUAUGCUAUGAUGCUCCAACGUGCUUAUAACGAUGGUCACUUCAUUGGCAUGACCUACCGUGUUCCUUCUGACAACCCCAGUGCUAUGACCGAUGCUCAAAUCAUUCAGGAUAUCACUAACACUGCCAAGAUCAUUCAGACUUUGAUCGGUGUUUCUCCCAAAUAUGUUCGCCUCCACUACUCUAGCACUCCUGACACCCGCACUGAGCGUAUUUUGUCAGAUCUCGGCUUUACCCUUGUAGGAUACAAUUUGGACACCAUGGACUAUAAAUUCAAGGAGAAUCCUGCUGGAGUUGCCGACCUGUACAAAACUACUUUCGCAAAGCAGUUGGAAACCUACGACAGCAAGGGUUCCUUCAUCAGUGUUCAAUAUGAUAUCCCCGAUACUGGCAGUUACCUAGCCAUCAAUGAUGUUAUUAAGACCAUUCACGACAACGGAUACACGAUGGUACGAUUGGAUGGAUGUUUGAACGACAAAUCACCUUACAAGACAGCCGCUGAUGCUAAGACUUUCGUUGGAGACAAGUUCUCGUUUGGCACUGCUGGCUACAAGCAAGGUCAAACCCCGUCGUCAGCAGAUACUAGUGAAGUCUCAACCACCGUCGAAGGUGAAAGCAAGAAGACUAGUUCUUCAUCUACCAUUACUGGAUCCAUGGCUCUUAUUUCCCUUACUUCCUUGGCCGCGUUUGUCUUUGGCCGUCUUUAG